AUGACGACAUGGCAAGCAAUCAAGGCCAAAAGGGCUGAGUGGGAGCGAUACAAUCGCGUGAGAUACAAAAUUGAACCUCCGCGCUUUCUCGACGUCGCUAUCGCAUCUUCAGAUCCAUACCCAGCAGAUCCAUCAUCUGAUGAGCGCGACACUACCAUCACCACCAAUUACGACAUCGUAACACUCAUUGUACCUUGGGAUUUAGUCACGAUUGAUCUCCGGUGCGAGCAUCUGUGCUUGGACGGCAGCUUCGAAUGCGAGAGCGGGAAAUGCUUCUGGAUGGAGAAGAGCGCAAAAGAUCUCCAAUAUCCUUUUUCUGAGAUUAAAAGAACGGAGGCUUCUGCCAAGAAGCAACUUGAGUAUGAAAAUAAGUGUCGAAUGGACCUUAGAUCGGCUGCAAGAGAGUUUAAUAGAGAUGACGAUUGA